CCAAGCCAUGCUGGUGGCCGGCGCUCCGAGAAGAACGCUUUAGGAGCAAUUAGCAGCGAGCCGAAGGCGGUGGCGGCGGCUGCCGCUGCAGCUCGGGAGGAAGCGAGGGCAGCUCCCGAGGCUCCCUCCGCGGCAGGCACCGCUCGCUCCAGCUGCAAAAGGGUUUCAGAUGUCCCACCGCUGCUUGACCCACUGCAAAUAAGGGUUGACCACCAGAGGCACAUCCCACCUCUGACUUGUAAUCGCUGACAUUUAGGCUACAGCUUCCAACCUGUUUACAACCAAAGGGGGAGGGAAAGGAAGGGAAGGGAGUGAGACAAAUUGGGAUUUUUCCCUCUCUCUUUCUGGAUUUUUAAUACUGUUCUGGAGAAUUCAAAGCAAAACAAAGAAACUGCCUCCUCUGGGGUUGUCAGUGAGAAAGGACGAGUUGUGCAACUGGUUUGGGAUUUGCAAAAAGGCAAGGGGGUGGGGAUCAGAAGAAGGUGCAAAGCCACAAAGUGUGAGUGCGUGUGUGUGUGUGUGUAAAGGGGUAUGUGUGAAAAAUCCCUUCCAGCACCCCUUUCCGCUGGUUGUUAUUUAUUUUUUGUUGUUGUUGUUGUUCACUUUGCUGUCAUCUAUUUUUCAGACCUUUCUGCAUCUAAGAUGGUGAAGAAAGGAGUGAGGAAGAGAACAAAAUAACUACUGUGAAGUCUCAAAGCAGGACUCGAAGGAUUAAAAGGCAGCAACUUCUGAGGCGAUUUGUCCCCUGAGUUAUGGAUGUUGGUGCACUUACUUCAGGCCAGAUCACAGCUCAGAGGGAUCUAACCAGAAGCAGCAACCACCGGCUCUCCACUUGCCUUUUACCAGGUUUUACCCUUCCAGUAUGUUUCAUUUGAUAAGACAUUUUCCAGCGCCCAGAGUUUCAGUACAAUGUGCAAAUGGAUACUGACAAAUGGUGCCUCAGCCUUUUCCCACCUGCCUUGUUGCUGCUUGCUGCUGCUCUUCUUGGUGUCUUCUGUGCCUGUCACCUGCCAUGACCUCGGCCAGGACAUGCUGUCCCCGGAGGCCGCCAACUCUUCUUCUUCAUCAUCCUCCUCCUUCCCCUCGUCCUUCUCCUCUCCUUCCAGUGCGGGGAGACACGUGCGGAGCUACAAUCACCUCCAAGGAGACGUGCGCAAGAGGAAGCUCUACUCUUACAACAAGUACUUUCUCAAGAUCGAGAAGAACGGCAAGGUCAGCGGCACCAAGAAGGAGAACUGCCCCUUCAGCAUAUUGGAGAUAACAUCUGUGGAAAUUGGAGUUGUGGCAGUUAAGUCCAUUAAGAGCAACUAUUAUUUAGCCAUGAACAAGAAAGGAAAAGUCUACGGCUCUAAGGAGUUUAACAGUGAUUGCAAAUUGAAGGAAAGAAUAGAAGAAAAUGGAUAUAACACUUACGCAUCCUUAAAUUGGAAGCACAAUGGAAGGCAAAUGUUUGUGGCCCUGAAUGGAAGGGGAGCCACAAAGAGAGGACAGAAAACAAGAAGGAAAAACACUUCAGCUCACUUUCUUCCAAUGGUAGUAAUGUCAUAGAUAAAGGAACUAUUUUAUCGAUGCGGUUGAACCAAAGGCUCUUAUGUCAAGAAUAUUUGGUAAUCCUCUUGAAGAGUAAAUGCAAAGAAAUAGUGCAGACAUCUGCUUAUUUGAAAAGAGCGCAGGGGAAGCCUUUGAAGGUUUUGUACUUAUUGCUGGCACAUGAAAUACUUUUAUUUAGUUCGGUGUCAUAUCGUAUAAUCAAGAUAGAAGCUGGAUCAAAUGGGAUGGAAGUUAUUGCCAGUGUGAACUUUUUUUUUUUUUUAUCUCUGCAAUGGAAUUUAGGGGAUGAGACAAUCUGUUGAAUGAUUUUCAUGGGGAAAGUUAUUUAUGGAAUACUAACUCCUAUCAAAGAACUUAAUUACUCGUUCAAGCCUAAUGAUCCAAUGAACAGUUAGACACACAAGCAUUUACUGGAAGCACUUGGGUCAUAUGCACAAGCAAUGGCAUUUCUGGAGAAGCCUUGUGGAAGAAUGGAUAGGAUAAGGAAUAUAAGCAAAGUAGUGUAAAACUGUUCUAACAAAACAAAUAGUAUGGUUUGCUUGUAUGUUCUAACUUCAUUUCUUUUGAUUUCUAAGUUAUUUAUUUAAUAGGAUGUUAAAUAUCUUUUUGAUUUGAAUUGUUUUCCUCAUUUGCUUCUUUGUUAUUUUCCCUUUUUCUCAGUACUUCACACAGAGGUUGAUAGGCUAAAAUGUCAAAACCUCAGAAGUACUCUGAGAAUAGGUAUUAUACAAGGCUUUAAAGGCAGAAUUUAAUGUGUAUAAUCCGUUUUUUUCCUAAACUGUCUUGCACUUAAGCAAAAAGACCAAACAAGCAGUGCUUGGAUUUAUGGAAUUGGGUGUCCUUAUGUUGGAGAAAUUUUUUUACUUAUCAGCACUCAAGAACAAACGUCAAGAAAUACUUUGUUCGAAGGGUCUUUCUGCUAUUCUGAAAUUGAGAGAAGGGGCCACAUCUGUACUUGGGUGUCAAUGCAUCCGUAUGUGUAUAUUCAUCUGACUUUGAUUUCAAUUUGGAACUAAGAUCUAAUGCAUUGCAAUCAGUGUGAUAUUCUGCAGCAAGCAUUGGGCUGGAACCUAGAUGUGGACAGACCUGUUAAAGUCACUGAGAUUGCAAAUGUUAAAAUUGAACACUGUGUAAUUCCCAAGUGUAAAAUUUGGCCUCUGAACAGUAAGUAAGAAGGCAACACAGUCCUGCACUCUUUAUUCAGUUAAUACACCCAUUCAGCACAUUUGUCCUUGUUACGAGCUUGUAGAACCAUGGGGAUAUAGUGAGAACAAUACCUAAGUAAGGACUGAGGGACAGAAGAUCCAAAAUCAUGCUCAUGCAUUUAUCAGAGACUAUUACUCACAUGUAUAUGAUAUAUGAGAGCCAACCAAAAAAACUGUGCUGGUAUUCAGCUUUAGCAUGCCUUUCAUAUCCAUCAUAGUAACUGAAGGCUCAAAAUACAUAAUAUCCAGCACGUUUUUAUGAAGUGUUACUAGUCCCAUGGCUUAACUUGAGCAACUGCCGUAUAACAAAGUUAAGCAUAAUAUGAAGUCUGUUCAAUUAAAGGUACAUAAGGUUUGUUUUAUGUUUUGCUUUACUCUGUAAUUUUAGAGAGCUCUGGAUAGCUCACCAAUGUAACCAUAUUGAGACUCAUUUUGUUAGAGCAGAUAAAUAGAAAACAAUACAUCAAACAAUUUGUACCACUGUUUUCACAUUGUAUUCCACUAAGUAAAUAAAUAAGCCUUUGCAGUGUCUUUAGUAAGAAACAAAAGUAGUAUAAUAUUAUUUUGUUCUAAAUACUUUAAGUGAUAACUAUGAGAUUAUAUUGAUGCUGCAGUUUUAUCUUCAAUAUUUCUUGUUGUGAAAAAGUUGGUUUUAUUUUUAUUGUUUGGAAACUGUAUUUUGGUACAAAGAAGAGCCUUGCUUAAUGUGUCUUUUUGAGAAUGUUUAACCUCUAUAAAGGCUGGUGGUGUUGGAAUCUUCUGUAACUUAUUUAAGUCAAUGUUUAACCAGCACUUCAAUCUUAAUCUGUUAUUUAAAUAUUAGCUGUUAAAAAAAAAAUAGCUUUCCCAUAAAAUACAAAA